AUGGGCAUCAGGGCCCAGUAUCAGGGCAUGGACUCAACGAUUAGACUCUGGAAGCCUCAACAUAAGACGCAGUGGUCCUUCGGUUCUCAGCUGGGCUGGUUGACAUCUGGCGUGUGGAUGAAGAAUGUCUUGACCGACUUGGGGGGCUUGAAGGUGCUCACGCUCACUCGCACAAGGUCAAUGCAGCAUGCUACCUUCAACAGGCCGGGAUGCUGGCGACAGUCUCAGACGAUUCUUCAAUUCGAAGGAGAGCUUGAGCGAUUUGAGGUCGGGUUUGAUCAUGACUCUGAGUAUGAGGGUUCAAGCUACGUUGACUCGAACAUGUUUGUCAAAGGGUACAAGGCAUAUCUCAACCGAAUGCCGCCCUCCUCAGCGGAAAAAGAGCUCAUCUUAUCACAGCUCAACGCUGAGUACAUCAAUCAACAGAGAGAGCUUGCAAUCAGCCGUCGAAGAAAUCGUGAGAAUCCGUCGGUAGCAGAAGGGUCUCGCCAGAAGAUGAAUCCUAUUGAGCGGGUCAUGAGCCUUCAGUCAAGCCCCAUCCUCAAACUACUUUCUGAUGAGGAGCGGCAAACUCUUGCAAGGAUUUGCAGACCGAUACAGUACCAGGAUGGAGAUGUGGUAAUCGAGCAGGGGGCAGAAGGAGAGAGAUGGAUGUACAUGGUAGUGGCAGGCGUGCUGUCAGUCAUGAUUGGGGCAGCAGGGGAUCAAAAGGAGGUAGCAAAGCUCGGCAAAGGACAAAUAUUCGGAGAGAUGGGGAUGCUGCUUGGCGAGCCUCGCUCUGCAACUAUCAAGGCAUGCGGCGUUGCAGAUCUCAUUUUGAUCACCUAUGAGUCCUUUUCUUCAAUUCUGCGGAAGAAUUUGAAAUUGACCUCUGAGAUUGAAAGUCUGAAAGCAGAAAGAAUUCAGCAAAAUCUGGAGAAGCGGAAGAUUGAAUUCCCAAGCGAGUCGAUAUUUGCAGUCUUGAGCAUGAGGCGAUCGGAACUUCUCAAACUCUUGCACGAAGAACAUUUGAUGAGCUUGGCCCAAAGUUGCCCUUCCUUUCGUUUGAGUGUUGGAUUUGUGAGGGUGAGGAAGAUUGACGGGAAACGUUCGGCUGCCUAUCAGGGUGACACGAACCAGCCCUACUGUUUCAUCCUGCUCAAAGGAAAUAUUGCCGUGCUUAUUCGAGGAGAGGACCAACUGGAGAAAGAAGUGGCGCAGAUGGGAGAAGGAGCAGUUGUUGGUGAGAUGUCACUUCUGCACAACGAUCCGAGGAGUGCGACUGUGUUAGCUCUGGUACAAACAGAUGUACUCAUGGUCGACGACAAGAUCUUACGUCAAAUCCUUGAGGACUCGCCGGACAUCCGUGAAGAGCUUGAUGAACUCCGGGAGGGACGGAGAGCAGAGAAUCUGCUCCAAUCUGCGAAAGUUUUACUGGAGAAGGGGAUGUUCAAAAGGGCUCUCUCAGCAUCAGAGCAAGCAACAGGGGCACUGGAGCGCUUCAGGAGGAAGGCGGAGGCUCUCGUGGAAGCGAGACGAUUCUGUGAUGAGAUUCGCCAGCACUUGCAUGGAGGAGGGAACGGAGCGUACAAGACAAGCGCUCACUCUCCAGCACCAACAUCCGAGGGGGUUUCUCCUCUGCCAGUGAACUCGAGCCAGGAGGGACAGACGUCGACUGAAUGCACGAGCAGUGCUGUGAGAAAACCCUCGGUUGGAGGAGAAGAGAACAUGCGUCGAACCCUUCGAGUUGUGAGAGAAAUCAGCCCGGACAGCGACUGA